AUGGUUCGCGCAAGCCAACGGGAAACCAGUGCGUUUUCAGGGCCUCCCAGCAGGCUGCUCCAAUUCCAAUUCCAUUCAAUCGAAACGGGAGCGCGUUCGCCGCGAGACAGCUUCCAGUUGGAUUACUCAAUCGACUUCUUCAAGACGUAUAUCGAUACGCAGCGUUUCUACGCCGGCCACAAGUUGGAUUUCAAACAUCAGAGUUGUGCCGGCGGCCCUGGUUCCGGUGGUGGUGUCAGCGGUGGUGGUGGUGGCGGCGCCUCCGGAGGAGUCGUCGUCGGCGGCACCAACAGCAUCAACAACAACAACAACAACAGCAACUCGGCAACACAGCAGCAGCAACAGCAGCAACAACAGCAGCAACAGCAGCAAUCCGCCAGCAACGGCGGCACCUCCACCUCCGCGGCCUUGUCCCUUGCCCACCCGCACGCCCACAGCAGUCACGCCCACAGCGGCCACGCCCACAGCAGCCACGCCCACGCCCUAGCGGUAGCGCACGGCCAUCACGGAUUGCUGCCGUCGGUGCCGCAACAACAGCAGCAGCAGCAACAGCAACAGCAGCAGGCGCAACAGUUGCCGCCGGGCGUGGGAGUCGCCAGUCCGCUGCAGCAGCAGCAGCAGCAACAGCAGCAGCAGCAGCAGCAACAACAGCAGCAGCAGCAACAGCAGCAGCAGCAGCAGCUGAUCAACAACGGAGGCGUCUCCUCCGGAACGCCCACGCUGCUCAUUGGCAACGGACCCAGCUCCUCGGGAGCGGGAUCAGGAUCGGUGUCCGCCGCAGCAGCGGCAGCAGCAGCAGCAGCGGCCGCCUCCUCCUCCUCCAUCUCCACCAUCUCCUCCAUUCCCCACGUGGCGCCGCACAGCCUGGGCCUCAGUCCGCAGUCCAGCGCCGAUUCGCAGCAGUUCAACAUAUUCCCGGCGAUCUUCAGCCGGCAGCUGAACUUCUCGGCCGGCGGACAGGCGGGCAAGCUGAGUAUGGACGAGCUGCGUCCGAACCUGGUCGGCGGACUGCUGGGGCUGCAGCAGGGCCUGCUGGAGGACCAUGCCAGCAUGCAGCACGGCGGCGUGGGGCAGGACACCAAGUUCAUGUCCUUCCAGGAUCAGCGGCUGAUGGGCAUUGGGGGAUCGCACGAGAACCGGCUACUGAGCCUGGCCAGCUCCGUGCAGGACACACGCUCGCCGAUCACCACGCUGGAGAAGUCGUCCUCGUCCUCGCUGAACCACCAGCGCAAGUGCAGCAGCACGCCGGAGGACUUCAGUGCCCUCUACUCGGGCCUGCCCACGCCGGGCAUGGACUCCUCUUCGCACCACCACACGCCGGCGCACACGCCGCCCUCGCGCCUCUCCGAUCACACCAUCUCGGCGGAAGGUGCAUUCAAGAAGCUCAAGCCGGAACCCAACAGCGGCCUGUCGACGGUUUCCGCCGGCAUCACCUCGCCCGGAAGUGGAUUAUCAUCGCUCAGUCAGCACGCCGGCCACACCCCAACCACAGCGUCCUGUCCGACGCCCGCCAGGCGGAGACAUCGGACCACAUUCACACAGGAACAAUUAGCGGAACUGGAAGCAGCGUUCGCCAAAUCCCAUUAUCCGGAUAUUUACUGCCGCGAGGAGCUGGCGCGAACAACAAAGCUGAACGAGGCGCGGAUUCAAGUCUGGUUUCAGAACCGCCGUGCCAAGUACCGCAAGCAGGAGAAGCAGCUGCAGAAGGCGCUGGCACCGUCUGUGAUCCCAUCCUGCAACGGGAUGAUGCGGAACAUCCAGGGCUACAGCGUCUCGCGCGGCUACCAACCGUAUCCGCAUCACAACACCAUGAACCGCUAUCCCCAGGACCUGUUCCAAAUGGGCGCCUCCUCGUAUCCGGGCAUGACGCAACCAUUCUCCAUGGCGCACAGCACGAACAUGGGCUCCGUUGGAGUGCGUCAGGACUCGAUGGGAAUGUCGCCGGAGGACGAGUGGUACAACAAGAGUUUGUCCGCCCUGCGGAUGAACUCUUCGCAUCAUCCCAACCUGUCAGCCCCAAUGCUGCAAUACCAGACAUAAUCAAAAACCUUUGACGACUUCUUUUAAAAGAUCGCACCUUAACCGCCUUGAAAGUGGGCCGUUGAUGUGCGCUGUUUUAAGGGAGAGUGCGUCAAUCGUUAUCCUGUAACAACAUGCAAGCUUCUCUAUCUAUAUCUAUGCAUAUAUCGCUGUAUAUAUGUACAUAGUAUAUAUACGAGUGUGUGUCAGUCAGUCAUUAGUCUCCAGCCCCAGGAUGCGGGAUGUUUAUCAUCGCCACUGAUUCGGAUCGCUCCGAGAUCGAUAUCAAAAUCGUUCAUUGUCGCUUUCAGCUGUGGGCGGGAUUUACUCAUAAGACUUGUUGAUAUUAUUAUGUGUUUUUUUUCUCCUUUUUUUUUUUGGACAAACAAGAUCCAAAUCGAAUAAGAGGGGCAGAAGGUUGAGGGCCAGGGAGUCAGAGGUAAACAAAUACAAGUGGAAGAUAUUGUAAUAGGCAACUAGUCAUAGUAACUAAGCAAAUUGUGUAUUGAGAUUUUAUCGUGGCAUUAUAAAAAGUAAAAUAAAAGCACAAAUCGUGCAUAUAUAUAAAUCUAAAUAAAUACAUAUAUACUAAAGUAUAUACUAGCGAUAGCAUAAGUCAGGUUGCUUAGCCCCCAGAACACCUCCCCCAACGGAGCGCAGUCUGAUCCGAUCAGAUCUACUCCUAGCUCCUAGCUCCUAGCUCCUAGAUCUCCGUGCUCCAUGCAACUCUUUGGUUGCUUUCACCGACUUUUCAUUGCCUGCUCACUACUCAUUAAAUAUAGCUUACUCAAACAUACGACGUACAUAUAGCUCCUCCACCCAUCUGACCGUUCAUAAACUCGAAGUGCACAGAAAACCAGAGCAAGCAUCCGCAGGCCAAACCCAAACGACUACAACUACAAAACUUUCUAACUAAUUCAAGGUGUGUCGAACUAAUUAUAAGAUGAUUUUUUUUAGCUAAGCAAUGCAUUAACGAGUUAUAUUUAAUAAUAAUACUAAACAAAACAAAACAAAAAACAAAACAAACGGAAACCAAUAAAAUACAUCACCUAUAUAUAUUUAAAUACGAAAAAAACAACAAGCCAAACGAAAACUACAAGACGCAUGUUUAACAAAUUAUGCCAGACACAGCAAGAAUGGAAAUAAUAAAAAUA